AUGGGUGGCAUGCAUACCUUCCGCUGCUGGCUCGAGUCGACGGCGAGGCUACACGGCCGGGUGAGCCAGGGCCUCAGUCUUGUGGCCUUUUUCAGCGCGCGGCGCCCGUGCGCCACCGUGUCUGUCUGCUUAGCGCUUUCGCUGCUGAGCGGGCUGGGCCUUCUGCGACUCAGGCUAGAGGUCAAAGCCACGAACUUGUGGGUGGACCAGGACAGCGAUGCCAUGCUCAACAGAAAGUGGAUCGAGGCCAAUUUCGCCAGUGGAGGGAUGCCCACAGUCUUUUUGAUCGAAGCAAAGAACAGGGGUCAUAAUGUUCUGACCGUCGACGCGGUGAGCGAGGCCUUCGAGCUCUUUGAGGAGGUCAGGUCCAUCAAGACGGAAGACGUCGUGCGCUCCAGCGUAUUCGGGGCUUUUCAGGUUUCGGGCUCGGAGCUGGUCUCCGCGCCAGUCUGGCGAAUGGGGUUCGUGUUGAGUCAGCACUUGGGGAAGGACACCACGCUCCAAUGGGAGAAGACAGUCAUCGACGAAUAUGUCAGCAGCAGCUACGAGCACGUAGAGCAGAAGUGGGACCACAUCCACGUGGAACUGUUCAGUGCAGCGCGCAGCGUGGACGACGAGCUCGCCAGGGUCGUCGGAGGUGAUCUAAGCUUUGUGAGCUUGGGUUUCGUCUUCCUCGUGACGACGGCCGCAUUCGCGCUCGGGCAUCCGCUGCGCUGCGUACAAGGCCGCCGUGUGCUCGGCAUAAGCAGCUUUUUCGUUGUGGUGUUCGGCACCCUCGGUGGCUACGGACUGGCUUCUGCGGUGGGCAUUCCGUUCACCAGUCUGCAGCUCAUCUUGCCGUUCAUCCUGGUGGGUAUCGGUGUGGACAACGCCUUCGUCAUCGUGGGCGCCUUCGACCGUACUGCCAAGAGUAAGUCGAUCGAGGAGCGGAUCAGGGAUGCAAUGAUGCUAGAGGGUAUGUCUGUUACCAUGACGUCUGCCACCGAUGUAUUGGCCUUCUUGUGCGGUGCCACUAGCUCAUACCCUGCUGUUGUCUACUUCUGCUUGUGCGCGGCAUCGUCGUUGAUGUAUACCUACGUAUUGCAACUCACAGCAUUCUGCUCAUUGCUGGCGCUUGAUGCUCACCGGCAGCAGUCAAGCCGCAUGGACGUGGUGUGCUGCGUAAGAACCAAUCGGACACCUGGCGCUCUGCUGGAGGAUGGCGACGAACCCUUUGCUGUACGCGUCAUGGAGAUGUAUGCCCGAGCGAUUACUCGCAAUUGGCUCGUGAAGCUGGCAGUAGUUUCCGGAAUUCUAGCACUCGGUGGGGCCUGCCUCUGGCAGGCGCUGGAAAAUAUGGACACCGCCUUUGACAUCAGUGACCUCUCGCCCGACUCGAGCUACGUGCGCGACUACUUUGCUGUAGAGGAGAAGUACUGGGGCGCCGAUACCAGCGCCCUGAACAUCCCCGUCCACGUCGUCUUCAGGGAUGUCGACGAAAGCGACGCCGUCGUGCAGAGGGAGAUGCGCAGGACCGAGGACGAGGCCCUGCAGCUGCGGGCAAUCGACUCGGCCGUGGCCCCCCACAGCUGGCACCGGAGCUUCACGGAGUGGGCCCUGGCCAACGAAGGCACCCGCGCCGACCUGGCCACCGACCAGUUCCAAAGCGUGGAGGGCCACAGGUUCCUCGCCGGGCCGGGCUUCUACACCGCGCUGAGCAGCUGGCUGGACGACGACGACCUAAGCCUGGGCCAGCGCUUCCGGAACGACGUAGUCUUCGAGGACGGGGAGGUCCGGCAUUCCCGCAUCGUGGUGAUACAGGUGACGAUGUCAGAGUCGCGCAUGCAGGUGGAGGCGCUGACGGAAGCAGAGGCCUUCUACCGUGGGAAGCAGGCAGUCUUGCCAGGCACCAUAGCGCACGCGCACCCGUGGGUUUUCUACGAUCAGUAUCGGAAUAUUCUCUCAGAGACUUUUUGGGCCACUCUCAUGUGCUUUAUAGCUGUCAGCGUCGUUUCCUUGUUUGUCUUAUCGCAUCCGUUGGUCGUGUUGAUUGUGUCUGGAGUGAUCACACUGGUGUACAUCGACUUGCUCGGCUGCUUGCCACUGAUCGGCCAGCCCCUGAACUCGAUAUCGAUGAUCAACUUGGUCAUGGCCGUCGGCCUGGUGGUGGAUUAUAGCAUGCACGUUGCUCACAGCUUUAUGGCGCAACACCCACAAUUGUCACGCGAUGAGCGUGUGGUGCUGGCUAUGAAGUCGAUCGGCGUAUCCGUGUCCAAGGGGCUACUGUCUACCCUCGUCGGCGUCCUGCCGCUGUCGCUGGGCUCGAGCAAGAUCUUCCGCGUCUUCUUCAACAUGCUCGUGCUCAUCCUCGCGGUCGGGGGCACCCACGGACCUGCGAGACUGCUCCGGAAGGAAGCCUGCCUCUUCGGGUCCAGGAUCGGGGGGCUGCCCGGCUCCACUUGGAGUCUCGUGAACGCCAUCGUCAGCGUCUGGGUGUUCGUCUUCGCCUUCGCCGACAGAGGCGAGGAGAGCGACUGGUUUCUGGUGGCACGCGCGGGGGAGGACGCUGCGGCCACCAGGCCGGAGCCAGGGGUCCGGGACACGAUAAACCCCGACAUGGUCGGGGUGGAGUUCAUGACCCGGGCUGCGCGCUCCGCGGACUACGCGAGUUGCUGCGCCGACCUGUCCGGGGUCUACCCCUCGCCGGAGGACUCGGGCCGGGAGGACGCGGUCGGCACGGGCCGCAGGGUGCGGUACCCCAGCCACCACCCGCUGGUCGUGCGCGUGGGCCGCUUCCUGGACGUGUCCGGGCUGGUCUCCUUCGUCUACGUGCUCGGCUGCUUCGCGGUGGAGCCGGCGUGCGUCAAACCGCACGAGGGCUCGGCCGGAGCGUGGCUGCAGAACCGCAGCCUGCUGCUCGGCGGGGUACUGGCCGUGGCCUCCGUGCUGAACGCCCUCACGUACGCCGCGCUCAGCGUCGCGGGGAUCUUCCUGUUCGGGCGCGUGGACCCUCAGAGGGAGGAGGAGCUGUCGAAACUCCACGAGGUUCUGGCGAGCCACCUGCGCUCCUGGGGCUUCUGGCUCGACGCGGCCUCCAUGCUGGGCACCGUCGCGGAGAUAGCUCACCUGUGGGAGGCUCCCAAGGGCGGCGUGCCCACGCCGCUGCAAUGGGCGAUGCUCCUGCAGCUCGGCAAGGCCUGGCGCGUGAGCAUAAAGGACGCCCCGAGGGACGUGCAGGAGGACGGCCACCUCUUUCUGAAGGGAGUGGUGUGGAUCUUCUUCAAGGCGGGCGCGUCGCUCUCGGGGAUGCUGCGCGUGGCCCCCGAUCGGUUGGCCGCGGGCGCGUUCGCCCUGCGGUCGGCUGCUCUUCGGGUGUCUGGCAGUGUGCCUGGUACCUGUAGCUUGCGCGUGACGGAGUUGUGCAAUUUAGGAUGCCGAAUCGCCAGGGCGUACGGUUGGCGAUUGCCAGAGGGAAGUGCAAGGGUAGUGGUGGAGACAUGCGGCGGGUAG